CCCACUGAAGAUGUCUUGUUGACAAUGACUUUGAAUGAAUUUGGUCAACAUUAAAAUGACAUAAGAAAAAGAUCAGACUCUGAAGAGUUUUAAGGAGAAGUUGCUGUUUGAGCUUCAUGUCUUUAUCCAGUUUGUUUGGUCCAGUCUUCACUACACUGACAUUUAAAACAGUUAUAGUUAAGUAGAACUUGUCUUUGAUCUUACAGGAGUUUGAAUGGACAUAUGGACGAAACUAAACUGGAUCCAAGUUUUUAUCUUUUCAUGUUUGUUUUUAUUACAAUUCUGGUAAAAAGAUUUGAAUGUCAGAAACUUUCAUGUUUAAUCAUCUCCUCUGGCUGUUUGGUUUCCUAACAGUGAUGUCAUCUUCUCUGUCACUUGGAGUCAUGUGACCUUAGCUGUCCCACAAAAAUAGCCCUGUCACAUGAUUGGCUGGAGGAGUGACACCUGUCACCAUUUAUGGCCUGUGUGAGAGUAAGAGAGAGAGCGAGAGAGAGAGCGAGCAGUAACCAGUGACCAGAGACCAGAGAAGAGAAGAGACCAGCAUAGCUCACGGACAUGUCUGUCUCUCAGAUCACACCCACCCUGUUCCUGGGUGGAGCCGACGCCUCUCUGAAUGCUGCCCUCGUGUCUCAGAAAGGCAUCACCCUGAUCGUAAAUGCCACCCUCAGCCACUCCUGCCCUGCCUACCCAGGGGUAGAGCACGUGCGGGUUCCUGUGUGCGACCUGCCCACUGCACGACUCGGUGACCAUUUUGACCGCGUGGCAGAUCGGAUCCAUGAGAACCGAGGUGGUGGGACGCUGGUGCACUGUGCUGUUGGGAUGAGCCGUUCACCGGCGCUAGUGAUGGCGUACCUGAUGCGUUACCGCGGCGUGACGUUGUGUCAGGCACACCGCUGGGUGAUCGAGAGCCGGCCCUAUAUUCGACUCAACACGGGAUUCUGGGAGCAGCUACUGCAAUAUGAACGCCGACUCUAUGGGAAAAACACGGUUAGAGUCGCCACCUGCAGGACGCCAACGCCACCACUGAGGUCAAUGUCAGGGUCAGUGUCACUCCAACAACAAAGGAGCGCAUUAACAAUGGUGCCACGGUCACCACUGAUGACACGAGCAAUGACAUCACCACUGAUGACCCGCGCUGAGCUGAAGAUAAACCGAUCUAAAAAAUGAACUACAUGCAAGUGUGAAGUCCACUGCUCCACCGAACCAGGACCACAGUGCGUCAUGGACAGAGUCCAGGUUCAAGGCAGGUCACUGAGGAUAUCCAUGGAGUCUGGGCCACAUCUGAGCAAACGAUUUGGACCGCAUUCUGAAUACCACAUGGGCCAGAUGAUAAUGGCACUUUGAAGAAGAUCGAGAACCACACUGUGGAUAACAGACGUGGGCCAGACACAAUGUCUGGCCCAAUACAGGGACCAAAAACAACAGAACAUAUUCCUGAGGUUUCACAAAAACCCAUAAUGCAGUGCUUUGGGUGGCAAAGUUGGUGUCAUGGACUGUGGGCUGAACCAAACCUUUAGUAGGAUUUUAAAGACACUGGCCUUUGGAUCAGUCCUUCAGGUUCCUGUUAUGUCUGGUUCUGGACCAAGUUCUGCUAAUUGUUCUGUUUAGACUUUUCACUUCAAUAGAAAUAACAGGAGUUAUGUCAUUUCCUGUAAGUGUACGCUCACAGAAAGGGCAGGUCCGGCGGCCAUGUUGGAUGACCAUGUGUUGACCGUAGUCCUCAGCGGACGAGCCUAGACUUGUGACGUGGACUAGAUUAAACAAUGUAUUCUCCCCAUGUGUGAACACGAAUGAGGUGAGGGAUGUUCAACUUCCUCGUCACCACUAGAUGGUGCUGAAUGAGUUUCAAAUGAACAAAUAACUAAGCAAACAUGUUUAUUGUCUUGACUUGACUUGAAGUAAACAAUGUUAGAAAUGGAAA